AUGGCGACCCCGAGCGAGGCGACCGAGCAGAUCGAUCAGCUUUAUAUGCCUUCUGCCGGCGGGGGCGUGUACUCAGCUAGAGACAACUUGUUCCGUCGCAGAUCCACGGUCAAGGAGAGUGUGAUUGAUGUUGAAAAUGCGUCGGAGGACGAGAAAGAUGAUGGUGUUGACGACGAGAGGGACUUCCGCAAGAAACAGGUUUUCACCGGAUGGCAGCUAGCAUGGCUUUCCUACCAAUCCCUCGGCGUCAUUUACGGUGACAUCGGCACAAGUCCACUAUACGUGUAUUCGUCUACCUUUAGCAGUAGUCCCGGCCAGGAAGAUGUGCUCGGAGCGCUCUCUCUCAUCAUAUGGGCGUUAACUAUCAUGGUGACCGUCAAAUAUGCUCUUAUCACAUUGAAUGCCGACGACGAAGGUGAAGGGGGUACAUUUGCGUUGUACUCGCUUAUUUCUCGAUAUGCGAAUCUGAUUCAACGUGACCCUCGACAGCGCAAGUUGGUUCGUAUACAAAGAUACCCGGACCAGGACAUGCCGAAGCCCAAUCUCUGGAUUCGUUCUGGGAUGGAGCGUAGUACGGUAGUGGGAGCAAUCUUCAAGGUUGUAGGAGUUUUUGGCGUGGCGCUUCUACUCGCUGAUGGCGUUCUUACCCCGGCCCAGUCGCUCCUUGGGGCAAUCCAAGGUAUUACCGUCGUGAAUCCAAGCAUCACCAGCUCUACAGUAGUUGGUGUCUCGUGCGCAAUUAUAGUCGUCGUCUUCGCUGUUCAGCCAUUCGGAACUGGGAAAUUGGCGAACUGCUUUGCACCCAUUGUCAUUCUCUGGUUGCUGUUUAAUAUGAGUUUUGGGAUCUAUAACCUCGCCCGGUACGAUGCAUCAGUGUUCAAGGCCUUUUCUCCGUAUUUUGCAGGCAACUUUCUCGUCCGGAAUGGACACGAUGGUUGGCUUCAAUUGGGUGGGAUCCUGCUUGCGUUUACUGGCGUUGAGACGCUAUUUGCAGAUCUUGGCGCUUUCUCUAAAAGGGCUGUUCAGAUCUCCUGGCUGUGCUUUGUGUAUCCUUGUUUGCUUCUCUCGUAUAUUGGACAAGCUGCCCAUAUGAUGGUUGACCCAAGUGUUUAUGCUAACCCAUUCUACUUGACCGUUCCUCCGGGCAUGAUCUGGCCGAGUUUGAUUGUGGCAAUCCUUGCCUGCAUCGUGGCUAGCCAGGCUGUUAUCACCGGCUCAUUCCAGCUGUUAUCUCAAAUCAUGAAGCUCUCUUACUUCCCUCAAGUGAAAAUCAAGCAUACCUCCGAGAAAUUUCACGGUCAAGUGUAUAUUCCGCUUGUAAACUGGAUUAUGAUGAUUGGAACAGUCAUUGUGACUGCCGUUUAUACCAAUACCACUGCUCUUGGAGAAGCGUAUGGAUCGUGCGUCAUCCUUGUCUCCUUCCUCACCACCUGCAUGGUCACGAUAGUUGCGAUUGUCAUUUGGAGACUCCCCGUUUAUCUCGUGUUCCCAAUCUUCAUUGUCUUCGCGCUGUGGGAUGGCAUGUUCCUGUCCGCAGCACUCAGCAAGGUCCCGCACGGUGCCUGGGUAACCCUCAUGAUCGCCGUAGCCCUAACUCUACUCUUCAUGCUCUGGCGUUACGGCAAAGAACAGCAAUGGGUCGCCGAAGAAUCAGACAACGUCCCGCUGUCUCGAACGACUGCGUUGGACCAACAAGGCCAACUGUCUCUGCAUCCGGACUUUAGCUCUUCCACUUCCAUUUCCACAAUUGUCCGCAUCAGUGGUCUCGGAAUCUUCUUUGACAAAGCCGGUCUGUCGAGCACCACGCCCCCGGUAUUCCUCCAUUUCUUGCAAAAGUUUGGCGCUGCUCCGGAGGUUUCUGUAUUCUUCCACUUGAGGGCUCUCCCGGUGCCUACCGUGCCUCCCACCGAGAGAUAUACGAUCACGCGCUGCUCCACUUAUGAAACCGGAAAGACUGGCAAGCAGCAGGCUAUUCCGAACACCUUCCGACUCAUAGUGCGACAUGGGUAUACGGACCAAGUCAUUGCGCCAGAUCUCGGGGUCCUUGUGCUUGACUUGCUACGGGAAUUCUUGGACAAGGAAUUGUCAUCAUCUGCUGUGCGCAGUGACAAGGUGGAGGCAGAUGCCGUGCAACGCGCGUUCAGGUCUCAGGUGAUAUACAUUGUGGGCAGGGAGCACCUCAGAAUCGCAACGGGAACUAGCAUAUUCAAGAAGAUUGCGUUGAUGCUGUUCCUGUAUGGCCGCGAGGUGACCAGCAACAAAGUGCAGCAUCUGGAUGUGCAAGCCGAUCGUGUCGUGGAGGUUGGGUUUGUGAAGGAUAUCUAG